UGUUUCUUCUUACAUAUAUUUUCUUUUUUUUUAGACUGUCAUCAUGUCAUUUGAAUUUUCAAGGAUUGAUAUCUGCAUACUUUUGUUUGCAGCAAUAGCGGGUCAGUAUUAUAAUAUAUAUAUUAUAUAUUUCGGUGAAUAUCUUUGCACUAUAUUUACCUCCACUUCGGCGAAUAAGUUAUAAACGAGUUAUAAACGAGUUAUAUAAAUGAGUUAUAAACCGAGAAGGAGGUUUAUAACUGAUAUAUUGCCCCCGAGGACGCGCAGCGUCCGAGCGCAACAUAUCAGUUAUAAACCGACUUUCGAGGUUUAUAACUCUAACUUAUAUCUCAUUUGUGGAGGUUUUCUAACAUAUUUUAUCAUUUUCAAAAAUUUUUGAUGAAAAAUUCUCGCGUUUUGUCGAAAAGUUUGAUGUAAUUAUUUAUUCAAGGUAUAUUAGCUAGUUAUUAACCUCGGACGAUCAAAGAAAACCGACACAAAUGAGAUAUAAUUAUCAUUUAUAGACCUGGAGCGAGGGGGAUUCGGCUUAAUAUUUCCCGAAGUGAUGAUAUUUUCCGAGGGACUUUGCCCCGAGGAAAAUAUCAUCACUGAGGGAAAUAUUACGCCGAAUCUCCCGAGCGGAGGGUCUAUAAAUGAUAUAUUAUACCGAAAGUUAAAGAACUCACUAAGUUCAGAAUAAACUUUAAAACUUGCUGAAUAUUAUAAACUACGCGAAUACAAUUUUUAAUUUCUUAUGUAUACCUGAGUUUAUGACGUUUCCUCUUUAAAAUAUUUGAGCAUGUAUCUUUUGGGUCAUUAAAGGUAACAUACGUCUUGAAAAUCUUUGGUUAAAUCAAAUCUUCUGUACGAAAUUACAAACAACAGCUCGCGAACGCCAUAUUGUUUCAGAGCGUGGUGUCCAUGCGUCACGCGUGAGCGUGGGAUACUAUAAUAUCCCACGGUGGAUCUGCCAUGAGAUAUUAUAGUAUCUCACGCUGCAUUGCGAAAUCAUAAAUUUGAGUGAAAUACCGUAAAAAAUCACAUUAUCACGUGGUACAAAUGCUGUUUCUUCAUUGGACAAUUUGAAUUUGAGGUAUAAUAUUUGUUAAAUAUAUAUUCUAUGCACCUACCUACAACCUGACCAACCUGACAACAUGAACAUGCUCUAGACUUGAAAAAAUGUUUAAUUAAUAUUCUUCUAAUAGGCUAUUAACCUUUUCUCCUAUCUUGAAAAAUCUGACUGAUCAUUGUGACAUAAUCUAUUUUUAAAACAUCGAAUAAAUAUGUACAUUAAAUAACAUCACUCAAUUUCAAAUGACAAAUAAAUAUGUUUCCUUAUAAGACUCAGUUCCAUAACGUAGAAACGAAUCAUAAAAAUGUUCCUCAAUGUUCUUGCCUCGUAUAAUGUUCUUCACUCUUCAGGAUCCCCUGAGCGCAAUCUAUUUUUCCAAGGUUUGAGUACUACAUGAUUGUAUUCCUUAUUUACGAAACCAUCCUGACUUUUUUACGUUUUGUCUUUGAUAGUUUCAACACAGGGAAUUCCUACACAGGGGAUGAAUAUCAAGCCUGUACCGAAACGUCAAGGUAAUUAAUACACAUACUACUUAGGUACAUUUUAUGAAAAGAAGUCUACCAAUGACAAGACUGGCUGUAAAAUUAUUUUUCCUUAAUUUAGUAGAGCCAGUAGCUCAACUUAACACUUAACGACCAGUUUUUUUUAACACAAACCCUCUCAAAUUUUGUCACUGGUAUAUUUAGAAUGAAAUUUAGUUGUGCGGUAUAUAACUGAUGAUCCCAUUUUCCAAAACAAUUUUAGCAUGUUCCAUCAGGAAUUGUGAAAAGGUCUUCAACAAGCAUGGCGAUAUGGUGACGACCUUCAACACUAAAAACCUGACAAAGAAUUACUUUUUGGCAAAAAUGACGGCUGUGUGUGACAACAAGACAGUGGACAUUUGUACUGUGCAAUUUUGGAAAUCAAACAACGAUGGAAUAUGCAAAUUAGUGGUCAGUGCCACUUCAGGCCGUGCCAGUGUCACUGUCAACAAUGGCGCGAAAUACGAAUCUUGCAGUAAAAUACUGUUUGAGUUCUACAGGAGCGUGCAUUGUGUUCAAAGUGACAAUGAUCACAAAGAAAUGGUCGAGGCAGUAGGCAGAGGUGAGUGUAUAAACUGACAUUACAAGAAUAAACUUGACAUGUAUAAACGUGUAAGUAGAACUGUUUACAACAUGGAGUAUAAGUGUCGCAAGACAAAACCAAGAGCUUCCCAUUGUUUGAUAUAACACAAUAAAUUAAGUAAGAGUUAUAAACCGAGAACGCGGGAUAUAAGUCAUAUAUUUACCCGAGGGGCCGCAGGGCCCGAGGGCAAAUAUAUGACUUCUAUCCCGCGUCCUCGGUUUAUAACUUGUACUUAUUUUCUAGUUGAGGAGGUUCUCGAACACCGGAUUUUAUCAAUUUCGAAGACUAUCCAUAAAGAUUUUUCGAGUUUUGUCGACAAGUUUAAUCUAAUUGUUUACUCACGGGUUAUAACCAGCAUACAUCCCUCGGUUCAUGAAAGAAAACCGACUCAACUAGAAAAUAAUAUCAAUUAAUUUGAUCAGUAACAACAAAUUAAUACUUGAUUAUGAUUAUCCAUCUCACUCCCCAUCGGGGCUUUUCGGUGACCGUUUACAUCAAGUAUUACGCUUACUUGUUACUAUUUAGUUUAUACAACAAUUGUGAUAUUAUGCGGUUUGACAUUUGUGAUGUUACUCUGAGUGUAUAUCCAGGCCAGGCAAGCUUGAAAAAUAUACCUGGCCACGGUGGGAAUCGAACCUACAACCUUUGGAAUACUAGCCCAAUGCUCUGCCAACUGAACUACGCUGUCAGGUCGGUCGAGUAUGUAGCGCGUAGCUCAGUUGGCAGAGCAUUGGGCUAGUAUCUCUAUGCUAGUAUUCCAAAGGUUGUAGGUUCGAUUCCCACCGUGGCCAGGCAUAUUUUUCAAGCUUGCCCGGUCUGGUUGUACACUCAGAGCAACAUCACAAACAUUAUAUUCACCUGAGUACACGACACACGCACGCACGCACGCACGCACGCACGCACGCAAGCAAGCACGCACGCACGCACGCACGCAAGCAAGCACGCACGCACGCACGCACAUUGUGAUAUUACUUUCCUAACUAUGUUUAUCCUAACGCUAUGAUUUUUGAUAUAUUAGGUCAUUAAAUAUGUUAUCUAUAAUUUAACUGAAUGAUAACAACUAUCCUGUAGGGCAUUCAUCACCAAAUCCCACCAACGCUAGUUCUACUUCAGAAGGUAGGUACCCACAUUAUAUGUGACUUUUUUGUUUUGAGGACACCACGAUUUUGUAAACCAGCAUGAUCAAUUCUUUGUCAUUUCCAAUACAGUACAUUCUUUGCACAAUUAUAAGAGCAUUUAAUAUGCAACCUUAUAUUACUUAUUCACAAUAAAUGUUUUACUUUCUCUAUAGGUAAAAGAACGAAGGACCAACUACCCCCAGCUCGAUCUGCAGCUCCAAAGAAUACGUUAUGUACUAUUCUAAUGCUAGCUCUCGUUUUUGUUUUAUUUUAAUUUUUGAUUUUGAUUUUUAACUCUUUACAAUUGUUUACAUUUAAAGUAAGUUAAUAGAAAAAAGAAGUUUUACAAUAUUUCAAAUAAUGACAAAGAUACAUAUAAUAAAAUCUAUGACGUGACCACAGAGUAGAUACAUACAGAGCUGUAACUGGGCGUUGUAAACACUGCGGAAACUUACGUUUUCGUAUACCAACUUUUUUUCAGGAGACCAAGCAAAAAAUGAUCAACUGCCCUUUGCUCGGCAACUUCCGCGAGCAGUUAAAGCGAGCCGUCAUCUAAUGCAUCGAUGCAUGCAUCUAGUGACUUGCAGAACAUGCGCACAAAAAAGUGGGUACACUAGUUAUAACUCUGUAUAUUAUGUAUCUACUCUGCGACGUGACUAUGUUUCCGAAUGCAACGGCAAGGAAUCAUUUUUUUAUUUUUUCUUAAAUAUAUUAUAGGAUUUAAAAUUUUUUAAGUCCGUAUUUAACUCGUUCCAGAUAUUUAAACCUUUAUUGUAAAGAAUAAAUAAUUAUCAAAUAGAUAAAUAAAAUACUUAGAAAAUAGUAUCCAUUGUAUCCAAAAUUACCAAAAAUAGAUUGUUUUAAGUAUUCUUUUCUCGUAAGGAUCAUCACGUUGUCGGACAACUUACCAAGCUCGGUAACCUUCUGAAAUGGAUAUAAUAACUUAUUUUGAAGAUUUUCGUUUGCUCACUUAGUUUCUGAGAUAUUUCAGUUUGUUUGGUAUGCAAAUAUCCGGAAUUUAUGUCACAAAUGCAUAAUGACUUAAAGUAAAAGCUUGUAUGUCGUAUUCACUAUCGAGUUAAUUCAUUAAAGUGAAGUUUUGGAGUUGUGGGGGGAUUACAUACCUAUGUAAAACAACUGUACCUUACAUUUUUCAUCAAGUAAAUUCCGGACUUUUGCAUAUCAGUAAAACUGAAAUAACUCGGAGAUAAAGUGUGCGAACGAAAACCUUUAAAAUAAGUUACAAUAUCUUUUUAAAGGUUCUUAGGAAUGAGAUGUUAGAAGAAUUGAGGUUAUAGGUGCGCUUUAGGAACUUUAAGAAUAGUCUAAAACUACGUAUGCACGGCGACAAAUGUACUGAAUUAUUUUACUCUAUAUAUUUAAUAUAUAUAUUUAUUUAUAUAGUAUUUAUCGUAUACAGCUAUAGGAAAGUAUAUUGUAAUUAGAUAGGGGAUCCAAAUAUUUAUAGGUUUAUUUUUGUAAUACUAGGUUUUUUGAAUAAAUUUUUGUUUUAUUAUGUUA